UUAAUGUUGAGGUGCAGCUCAACUCCUUGUGAAUGCGCGAAAUCGCUUUGAUUCUGCAUACACGCUUUGAUGCAAAACAGUCUAAGGAGUUGCUGCUGACACACUUUGCGUUUUGUGUCACCAUGGCGGAUGACAACAAACCGAUCCACGAGAAGAGGUUUGACGCUGCCGUGAAAGUGAUUCAUAGUUUACCUUCAAACGGUUCUUUUCAGCCUUCCAAUGACAUGAUGCUGAAGUUCUACAGUUACUAUAAGCAAGCGACCCAAGGACCCUGCGACAUCCCCAAGCCUGGCUUCUGGGAUCCUGUGGGCAAAGUCAAAUGGGAAGCAUGGAAGUCUCUGGGGGAUAUGCCAAAGGAGGAAGCAAUGAUUGCGUAUGUCGACGAAAUGAAGCUGAUUCUGGAAAGCAUGCCGAUGUCGGGCGAGGUGGAGGAGCUGCUGCAGGUCCUGGGACCGUUCUACGAGAUGGUGGAGGAUCAGAAGAAGAUCACCCAGGUGUCUGAGCUGUCCACAGGUUUUGGGAACAUGCUGAGGCCCCCUUCCAGAAGCGUGACCAAAAGCAUCGUUAGGAGCAUGACUGAGAACGGCACUUUAGAGGGCAGCAACAGGAGAGCUGAGCACGGGAACAACAACAUCAAGAAGGUGGAGGAAGAGGAGGAAGAAGAGGAAGAUGAGGAGGACGAGGAGGGUGAAGAUGAAGAGGAAGAGGAGGAGGAGGAGGCAGAGAAAGAAAAGGAAGUUUCGACCUUGAAGCUGAAGGUUGAUGGAUCAGCAGGAAAGCCAGACGUCCCUCUGACCAAUGGCACUGUGGAGCACAGGGUGCCGCCCCUAACCAACGGCACGCACAGCUCCAAGUCAGCCCUGAACGGCGGGGAGUCCCUGGGGGAGCCAGAGAGCGCCGCCAAAUUCCCCGAAGCCACAGAACUCAACGGCCAUCUCAGUGAUCACAAUGAGGAUGUGUCCAGUCUGCAUCACCUGGCAAGUGAUUCUGACAGCGAGGUGUACUGUGACUCUGUGGACCAGUUUGGCCAAGAGGAGAGCUCUGAGGUGCUGAACAGCUUGUCCCUGGAGACCAAUGAGGGGUGCCAGGGGUCCCUUCCGUCCUGUGCAGAGCCCGGGGUGCUGGGAGGGGAUUGCGUGGAGGACGAUCUGCGGGCCACGCCCGAGGGUGUCCAGCACGGGGGCGAGGAUGGCAAGGCCAGCAGGAGCAGCCCCCAGAGGGACAGGCUGAGCACAGACAGACCUGACAGCUCCUUGUCCAGGAGAGGAAGAAGCUCCAGGUCAGCAAGCCGUGCCUCAGGGGCCCAGGGGCCCUUGGUGGGCGGCGGGGGAGACGGGGAGCGCUGGGGGUCAGAGGGCGGGGCCCGGGGGAGCCUGAAUGAGCAGAUCGUCACGGCGCUGGCGCGGCUGCAGGAGGACAUGCAGAGUGUGCUGGAGAGGCUGCACACACUGGAGGCCCUGACCGCUUCACAGGCUAGGUCGUUAACUCUACAACCAAAUUACCCAUCAUUCCCUGCAAACAAGGCAAAUAAGAAGCCGUCCUGGUGGCCUUUCGACGUCUCCCCCGGCACUGUGGCCUUUGCCGUAGUGUGGCCCUUCGUGGCGCAGUGGCUGGUACGCCUAUACCUCCAGCGGAGGAGAAGAAAAAUAAAGUGAAGACCAGAUGUCGCUCUCAUGUGAAAAGCCCAGUACUCUGGUGUGGGUGUUUGAUGUCUUCUCUUGCAUAGCUUCAUGUUUGCGUUCUUUCAUGUGUAUGACUUGCUUUUGCACUACGUUAAUGGCACUGCUAGUAAUAUGUGGCAAUCUUUCUGGAAGCUACUGAUACUAGAAAUGGGCUCAGUUGUUCAGAGAAACAAAUGUGAAUGUACGAAACUGCAACUUUUAAUAAUCCCUUUUUUACAUUUAGUAAUUGUGUUGACAGUUGAUGGGUAGCAUUACCUUAUGAAGGAAAGGAAUAAUUGUAGAUGCAGAUGGAUGAAUAUUGUGUUAUUCAUGGUUUAAUUGUUGCAUUUUUGUUUUCAAUCUCCAACCUUUAUUUAAUGUUGAAAUCUAAUCUACUGUAAAAUCAUGCAGGUAACAGUUGUCAGGCCAUAAGGUUAAAAGGGCAUUACUAUUAUACUUGUAGCAAGCCAACGGCACUCUUUAGUGUCCUAACAUAUAGUCACAGAAACCGUAGACCAUCUUCUCUGCCAGUUAUGCUGAUGUAGCUGUUGUGGUGUCAUAGUAAACCUGCCAUUAGGCUGCAGAGUGUAAUUACCUUUCAUUAAUGUUUCGUUUAUUUGAUAUUUAUACCUGUUUAUCAUCAAAAGCAUAAGGUAGUUAUAUGGGCCACGUGGUCCCCUGACAGGGUGUAAUUAAAUUAUUAAUAUUUUGUAAUACAGGCUUUGGGGCUUUCCCAGUGGCUGCUUAUUCCAUCGUGUCAUCAGUAUGUCAACUUGAAUAUCGAUAUAAGAUCACAUCACUGCAAGCCUAGUGAAGAUUCAGGCUCUUAGAGUUUAUGUAGAGUCAUUGAAAACCCAUCUGUCCACAGUUUGCAUCCUCCUGUGAUAUUGUGCCUCUCUUAUGGAUAAGAUAAGGAGGGAAUAGCUGAGGUCCUCUCACUGCAAUCAAGAGGGACCGCUAUGUUCCAGAAAGCUCUGUCGUGUGUUUCUUGGAAAGGGGGUGGAAUAUGGGGGGUGGAAAUUAUAGAAUAGAAUACAAUAGAAUAGAAUUACUGUACCCUUAUGCCAAAAGUGCAACCUGAAAUCGGGACUGAAGAGAUUUAAAUAAGGAGACAAUCAAAUCCUUCCUGUAGGUAAAACAGUAAGUCAAAAAGUGUAAAAUUUAAAUGUCUUAGUGGGGACUGUGACAUCAGUGGAGGUCUGUGUAGAUGGUGUUUGGUUUCCUCCAGUUUCUAUUUCCCUCUCCAAAGCUCAGAAUCCCAAUUCUGUCUUUCAAAAAAAAAAAAAAAAAUCAUUCAAAAGCUUUAUUUGAAAAGAAAAGCAUUGCUGUGAAAUACAUUUCAAUGGUUUUAGAAGUGGAACUUCUAAAUUUAUACAGUAAGGCAAGUGUCCAAGGGAAUGUGAAUUGUGGGGGAGCAAAGAUGAUUGUGAUGUACUGAUUUACUUUGUAACACUACCGUUUCAAUGGUUUAGCAUUUACAGCUGCAGAUAA